AGGCCAGCUCUUGAGCCCGAGGCUGCUCAGGGCCCCGUAUGGCGUCACCCAGCAAGGCGCCAGAACUGGCGUUGGCGCCGCCAUGUCCUGCGGCACAGUGUUCCUCGGCAGAUGCUCCGCCGCAGCCCACAGCGGCGCUCGACGCACUCGCUGGCGAGGUGGUGCGGUGGAGCCGAGCCGCAUGCCCGGGCUGCAAGCACAGCGGGAUGUUCUAUUGCCCGUUCUGCUGCGUCCCGCUCGGCGUGCCGGAGGGUGUCGAGGUCCCCCGCGUGGAGCUGCCCUUUGGCCGUUGCGACGUCAUUUUUGAUGACGCGGCCAAGAAGGCCACCAGCAUGCACGCGAGGGUGCUCGCGCCCGACCAGGUGCGCCUCGUCGACCUCUACACCAGCGACGGGUCCACGAACCGCACCCUCAGCCGCUGCGCCCCGAACGCCGAGGGCACUGGCGCCAGCGUCGUGCGCGAGGUGCCGGCCUACGACCCGAGGACCACGUGGGUCUUGUUCCCGGACGAGGGGAGCUCCACCUUCGCGGAGGCGCUGGCGGCCGAGGGCCUGCAGGGCCCGGGCGAGGUGACCAUCGUGGCCAUCGACUCCCCGUGGCGGCGGGCGAAGACGCUGCGGCACCCUCCGGCCGGCCCGGACGUCGCCCGCCUCCGCUCGGUGCGCCUGGCGCGCCCGCCGCCGUCGAACUUCUGGCGCUACCACGCGGAGGGCGAGGGCUGCGUCUCGACGGUGGAGGCGCUGGCGCAGCUGGCCCGUGAGGC